UUGUUUUCACACACUUCAAAUAUAUUAAAUGAGAAAUCGAAGUGUGGCAUUUUGUUUUCGAACUGUUUAGAUUAAUAAGGUUUUAUGUGGUUAUUGCAAUAGAAUUGUGCUUAAAGUGGGGUAUAGCUUUACAAUAUGGUUACUAGUUAAGGAUGUGUCUUGCAGUUUUUUUUCGUAUCUCCCUGGUAUGGCUUUUCGAAUAUUGGUUUUUCCAAAUUUUCGACAAGCAUUUUCCAUCUCUGGGCCGAAUGUUCUUUUUUUAAGGGGAGAUUAGGAAGCCCAUAUAUAGGUCUGGCAGUGGACUAUGAGUGUGAGGUAAAAAGUGUGAAUUGGACAUAUGUAAGAGUAGAGUAGAGAACAACAUUGAGGUGAUGGCAGGGCAGAGUGAAAAAGGAAGACAGUUCAGAAGGAAAUAUGAUAAUAAAACAGUAUUAAUGGAAGAAAUGAAAGAGGAAUGUACCAGGUCCUUCUAAAUUGGUUGCAAAGGUAAAGGUUUCUUCAUAUAUCACACCUUGGAAGCUUGGAACUUCUUCGCCAAACACUUCUCUUAAUGCUAACAUCGACCGAUCAGCUGUGUGAGCUGUAGCAUUUUCGUGCAUGAAUAAACUGCCCCAGCAUAAAGUUAUCUAAACUCUUAAAACAUAACAACGAUAAUAGGGACAAGAGUUGAUAUGAAGUUGCGUUCUGGAAAGCACGUAACGAAAAAGAACAAAUCAUUAAAGAAUGUCAUUGAAAAGAGUAGUGCAGAAGUUUUGAAGAUAAGACAGAAAGAGAAUGUGUUGUGUGACAUCAGUGUAAAUGGCAGUUCAUCAAUAAAUGAAGACUCUGGUGAUGUUUCAUCGUAUGGUACAGGACUGAAGACGGCAGUUAUGAAACGUCGAAGCCAAACUUCAACUUUGUCUGUUACACUGACAGAUUGGUCUGGAAAAUCUCCCAGCAGGACUGUUACAAGAAAUGAAGCUUUGUCUCAUAUUCACCAAGCUUCUUUGAGUAGUAAUUUCAUUCAUUCAGUUAAUAACAGUGAUGACAUUCCUGUUGGUCUGUGCAACACGGUUACGCCACGCUUUACAGAAAUGUCUCCAUCUAAUGAUAGCAGUAUAAGAGGCACAGAGCAAGGUAACAGCCCCCUUAUUGUAGAUGUGACAAAUAUAAGGGAAGGCAAAGCAGUGAACAAAAGGAAAGUUUGCUCUGUGGUCAGCAGUAUCCUUGAUCAAAAAUCUGAAUGUGCUGAAAUGGUUUGUAAGGUUAGUAAUAGUGUCUUAAAAAUUCCGAAUGUAGAGCGAAGUCGCUGUGAUCAGUCAGUAGAAAAGGUUACAAAUGUAAAGCGAAGACGCCGUGAUAGAUCAGUGGAAACGGUUACAAAUGUAAAGCGAAGACGCCGUGAUAGAUCAGUGGAAUUAGUAUCUACAAGUGUGAAGGCGAAGAUGAGUGAGAGACCUGCAAUACCCAAACAUGACAAACAUACAGAAAAGGAGGAUGAUGGUUGUUCUAUCAUCAGUUUAGGAAGUGAUGAUGAAGUUGUGAUUCUUGAUAGUGAUCCCAAGCCACGAUUGGACUGUGGCAGUACCAGUGACAUUACUGUAGAUUCACUGCCUUCAAAAAAGUUUGUCCCAACUUCUGAUAUUGUGACAAUAGACUUAUGUACACCAAUGAGAAAGUCAGACAAGUCAAAAUCUCCUGGAUGUAACAAACCAAAAAGUGUAAGUUAUAGAGUGAACAUAAAGAAAAGAAAAAAAGAACGAGGUUUUGCAAAUUCAGCAUUCAGAGAAUACAAGUCAGUUCUGAAUAAUAAGCUAAACACUGCUGCCAAUAAACCAAAUGACAUGUAUUCACUUCUGAAUCAUAAUACAUGUCAAGGUACUGUGCCAUUUUCUACUUCUCCAUCUGAAAUUUCAGCCUUCACACCAGCUCUAAAUCCCACUCUUGGUAGGAUCAUGGAUUGUGGAGUAAUUGCUACUUCAAGUAUGAUGGGGUGUAGCAAAAUAGUUCUGAAGAAUGCAUGGACUCCAAACAUGUAUGGCAGUAACCUAGAAUACCAAAAUCCUCACUGUGUGAAAAUGGGUCUGCAGCCAGUUAAUAAUGAAGUGAAUUGGGCCAGUGAAACAUCUUUAAGUGUGUAUGGCAACAACUUAUAUAAUCCAAAUCCUGUUGCUGUGAGAAUGGGUCUACGCCCAAUUGUUAUUGAUGGCAGCAACAUUGCAAUGGGACACACCAAUGGUAGACACUUUUCAUGCAGAGGAUUACAGAUCUGCAUAGACUACUUCUUGAAACGAAAUCACAAAGUGAUGGCCUUUGUUCCUCAGUUCCGUAAAAGUUCCCGCCACAGCCAAGAUACAAAAAUACUGGAUGUUCUGGAGAAACAGGGUCUUGUAUCAUUCACACCUAGUCGUAGGAUUGGAAACCGGCUAGUGGUUCCUUAUGAUGACAGAUACAUUGUGCAGUACGCUGCUGAGUGCGGUGGUGUUAUUGUUUCAACAGAUAAUUAUCGCGAUCUUCUACAAGAAAAUCCUGCCUGGAGAGAGACUAUUGAAAGGAGGUUGCUGAUGUUUACCUGGGUAGGAGAUGUACUCAUGUUUCCGCAGGAUCCGUUGGGCAGAGGUGGACCAAACCUGGAAAGAUUUCUCAGAUUUCCAUAGUCCAAGCACAUUGACAUGCAAUGGAGACUGCUUGCUUUUUCAAAUAAUUUUUUUUUGUACUAUAAAAUGUACAGAAGCAGAAACCAAAAACAUAACUUACUGUUGAAAUAUUGUAUGUAUUUGCAUAUUUUUCCUCAAAUAGACCUUUUCUAAAAAUGAUGGUUUCUGCUUAUUUCUGUUAUGAGAGUGACAUACAUAAUGAGGAAAGGGAAUUACGCUAUUUAGAAGGUGAAAAAUUUAUUUUUGUAGCAGUUCUUGUAAAAUGUUUGUUUUUGUAGUUGACUUGUGUUGGUGUGUUUGGCAUACAAUAUGAAGUAGAACUUCAAAUCAGAAUGAUCCUGUGAUCCCAUUUCAAAAUUUUAGUUUUACAUUCUUGUGUGAUUUCUGUUUAAGGCAAGUACAUGAUAUUUAUUAGGAUUCUAAUCAUAAAUUCUGUCCAUAGUCACAUAGACUGUAAGGUUUGGAAAACAAAAAUAAAGGAUGUUUAGAAAAUG